AUGGCGCAGGCGAGUGGGCCCCCCCAGGCCGGGGCGGGGCAGCCCUACGUGUUCAAGCUGGUCCUCCUGGGAAGCGGCUCUGUGGGCAAGUCCAGCCUGGCUCUCCGUUACGUGAAGAACGACUUCAAGAGCAUCCUGCCCACCGUGGGAUGUGCGUUCUUCACGAAGGUGGUGGAGUUGGGUGCUGCGUCUCUGAAGUUUGAGAUCUGGGACACGGCUGGCCAGGAAAAGUACCACAGUGUCUGCCACCUCUACUUCAGGGGCGCCAACGCAGCGCUGCUGGUGUACGACAUCACCAGCAAGGAUUCCUUCUGCAAGGCUCAGCAGUGGCUGAAGGACCUGGAGCGGGAGUUCCUCCCUGGAGAAGUCGUGGUGAUGCUGGUCGGCAACAAGACGGACCUCAGCGAGGAGCGGGAGGUGACCUUCGAGGAAGGCAAGGAGUUUGCGGAGAGCCAGAGCUUGCUGUUCAUGGAGACCUCGGCCAGACUCAACCACCAGGUGACCGAGGUCUUCAGCGCCGUUGCUCAAGAGCUGCUGCAGAGGGCCGAGAGGAAGGAGGACCAGACUCUGCGGGGAGAUGCCCGGUUGACGUUAAACCAGGGGCCCAUGGGGCGGGUCAAGUGCUGUGCCCGCUAG